UUCAACUCACCAAGUGUCGGACACAACAUGAUUUCGUAUUCGUUUUUCGUUUUAUGUACGGUUUUGGCAGUGGUUUCCAGUCGUUCAUCAUCAUCAUCAUCAUCAGUGAAAGAUUCAUUCGAUUUUCUGAAAAAUGCACAGAAUAAAUUCAAAGUAACAAAUCACCGGGAUAUAAUUAUUGUCGUUGGAAAUACGGAUAGCGGAAAAUCAACGUUAGUUCAUUAUGUGGCCGGUGAUAUGAGCAAAUUGUGUGCAAUUCCAUCAUCAAAUUUAAACAAUUCAGAUUACGAAAUUCGAGAUGAUUUAGACCCAUUGAAAGGUGCUCAAAUAUCAACAAAUGAACCGCGAACAUUUGUACCUGAAAUGGUGAUUGACGAACAAAGCAAUGUGUGGUACGAUUGUCCGAGCUUCUCCGAAAAUCGAAAUAAAACGGCUAAAAUUGCCAAUGCAGUAUUUAUCAAACGUAUCAUCGACAGUGCUACAAAUAUAAAAUUUGUCUUGGUUGUGAAUGCUGAGUCCAUGACAAAAAGUAGAAAUCAUUUCGACUUGGAUAAGUUACUAGACAGCACAACAGAGCUAAUCAAAAAUAUUACAAACUACAGCGAAAGCUUGUCAAUGGUAGUUACAAAAGUACCACCACAUUAUGCGAUAAAUUUAAUGGUAUCCGAAGAAAGUGUAAAGAACACAACCGCCGAAUAUCUGAUUGAACAUCGUACCGCAUUAGAAGGAAGGGGAAGUUUGAUCAAUAGCGAAAAAAUAUUGGCGAUUAAUGCAUUGUUGGCGAUUGAUAGCAACAAUAAUUAUAAAAAAAUAGCAAUAUUUUGGAAACCACCACAAUUGGGCAAUUUUAAUGAUAUUGAUUUACUUAAAAAGGGUCGCAUACUAAUACGUGAAACCAUAUUGAAUACAAGUUACUCACCAAAGCAAUCGACAGAUUUCAGUUUUCAAUUGUCAGCUGAGGUAAUAUUACAUAUCAUGGGAAUGGUGAAGCAAGCAGUCGAUGCACGAACGAUAACACUGAAAGAUAUCCAUAAUCGAGUGCAGCAUGGAGUUAAUCAAACGAUUCAAUCUACUCAGGAUAUUAAAAGAAAAUUAAAUCUCAUCAAUAAUGGACAAUCGAAAAUCGAAUAUUGUUCUAGUACGAAUGCUUUUAAUCUAAACAAUAUCACGGGCCUAUACAGAGAUAUGAUCAAAGACAAUGGACUGCAAACGAUUCAAGCUGAUGAACUCAAUCAAAUAUUAGACGAAGACAGUUAUAUGAAUGAAUUGAAAUCGCUUGACAGUGAUAUAGACGCUAUGAUAAGUAUUUAUUCAGGCGGCGAUUACAAAUCUCUUUUCGAUCAAAUGGGUUACUUUUAUCAAAAAUGUGUAGCCGAUUUCGAAUAUCAAAUACAAAUACAAACACAACAAAUCAUGGACAACAUUUUGAUUGCACUAAAAAACAUUGAUCAACAAAUAUUGGCAGCAUUACAAGCAGUACUAGGUAAUUCGGGCUGUUAUCAAAACAAAUUGACUAUUCUAAAUGAAUGCAAGAAAACCAUAGCAAGCGGUAAUGUAGUAACAUUUGAUCAAAAGAUCAAGCAGUUUGUUGACUUGAUUCAGAAUUUGAAUCUAACAUCGAUCAACAUCGGCGCAUGCAAUCAAACUCAAAUGGAUCAUUUGUCUCUCAUUGACUUGGUGAACCUUUCGAAAUCUAAACUGAUUACUAUACCUUAUGCAAAUUGGAUUCUGGAUUCAUCGAAAGCGAUCAAUUUUAUCUCUACCGAACAUGAUUGGUAUUCAUUUUUAUCCGAUGUUUAUAAAUUUCUGGCAUCGUAUCAAGUUCAAAAGGAUGUCCGUGCUUAUAAUGUCCGCGAUUUGUCAAAUUGGGGAAAUUCGGGCGCACCACAGGGUCUACUAAUUACGGAUGCCAAUUUCAAAGAUUUUAUACAACACCACAGUUUUAAUAAUUUGGUAAACUUUUCACCAACACCAACAAAGAUCAAGGAACUCAAUGAAAUUAUUGACGUAACAGUCAAAUCACAAAUGAAACAACAAUGUUACAAUCAAAUCGCAACGAUUGAAGGACAUUUCGUUAAAAGUUCUGACAUUGAAUUCACAAAUUGUCAAGGUUAUUCGAGACAAGGAACGAAGAAAAUUACUGUGUUUGCAACCGAUACGUUUUUUGUCGACAGUAAUGUGAAUUUAAAUGGAAUGGAAAAUGUUGAGUUGCACAUCUUUGCAAACAAAUGGAAUAUUUUGCAACCAGUAACAUUUUAUUUAAAUGGAAUCGAUGGAACGUCACAUGCACCACUAACAACAAAUGGAACGGCGGGAAAAGCGGGCAUUUCGGGAACGAAUUCCGGCAACUUUUUCGGUGUGGCAAAUGAAGUUAUAAGCGGCGAAUUAUUGACAAUUGAGGUAAUUGGUGGCAACGGCUCAAACGGACAGAGUGGAACUGGCAAUCAAGACCUUAACAUAAAGUGGGAUAAAUUGGGAAAUAAUAUUGUUUACUCGCCACAUGAGUGGUACAGUGAUUUAAUUCAAUUUCAAUCGGGAGCGAAAAUUGUCACCGUCACAGAAAAUUCAUGUGAAGAAAGAAUGAGAGACACUUUUCCACUACUUCAGGAGAACGUGUUUUACACACAUAUUUUGUUUCCAACUGAAUGCUGUGGUGCAACUGGAAAGGGUGGUGCUGCUGGUUUGGGCGGUGCUUUUGGUUAUGCCGAAUUCCAUCAUUUAACCAAUAGAGGACUACCACCAAAUAUCAACAAAUCUAAUGGAAAGCAAGGGCUACUGGGAGAAAAUGCCGUAACAUGUAAAACAAGCGGCAUAAAACAUACAACCAAUGGUGAAUUUGAGGGUUUCGGUACUGCGUGUGAACAUGUUUACGUCGGAGACGGAACAAACGACAAGUUGGAAUCCAUCCCUGAUACAAGUUGUCCAGAUGACUAUGUGACCAGUACAGAUGUAGUUCGAAUUCCAUCCAAACCAUUAACAUUACUCAAGUCCGUAGAAUUGAGAGAAUACAGAGGAUUUCUCGCAGAUAUGUCUAAAUAUGCUAUUUUCGAAAAAAUCAUAAAAGACCUAACCGACGCAAUUGCACAUAUUUGAGCGAAGCAUAGUUAGUUUCAAAAUUUUUCAUCACAUUUGCAUUUUAAAUAAUUCAAUGCUAUCAAAAUGAUGUCAACAAAAAUUAAAAUAAAAUUGGUUUUUAUUUUUAA